GAAGUGCUGAAAUAGAUGGAAACGAAGUAAACAACAUGGCGGGUGCCAAAUAAAAAUGAAUAUUGACGUAUAUGCCAGAGUCCGUCCCUCGGGGCGUGGGGAAGGCCCCCCUAGCCUACAGAUAGACAGCCAGAACAGAGUUGUGAGUGGAGGAUCACAUUUUACCUUCCAGACAUUGUUCCGCCAAAGUGACACUCACUAUGAUGUCUACAAGAGAAUAGUAGAUCCUCUUCUGGAGAUGAUGGUGGAUGGACUUAAUGUUUGUCUUGUUAUAUUUGGGGAGAGCGGGUCAGGAAAGUCAUCCACAGUGGCUGGAGAAAGUAUGGGGAAGUCAGGAAUAGUACCUAUACUUAUUGAUCACCUCUUCAUGAAACUGGCACAAGGGGAUGGAUACAAUUAUGAGAAUAGAGGGAGUGCCAGUGUAACAUUGCAGAUAUAUGAGAUAUACAAUGAACUUAUCAAGGAUUUGAACCAAAUUACCACAGCAUCUCAUGACUUUCUAGAACUGGAGGAAAAUGCAGAAAGGGGGAUAUUUCCAAAGAGAGGUCAGAGUGUUCCUGUUGGUUCAGCUUCUGAUGCAGCUGCUGUGUUCAGACAAGCUUGGAGCAGGAGGACCGACUCACAUACUGAUUUUGGUCCUGCCAAAAACUUUACAUCUGUAAUCAUACGGUUUGAAUUAUCUAUGUACACAAACAGUAAUCCCCUGCCAAACAAGACCACUUUCACCAUUGUGGACCUUCCAGGGGCAGAAAAGCUCACUGAAGAUGUAUCAUCCUUGAGGCUGAGAGAAGGACCAUCACUGAGUAAAGCUAUCCAUGCUUUCACUAAUGUUGUUUCAAGUCUUGCCAGUCAACCAAUGCCUAAUAGAGUUAUUAACUAUGCAGAGUCUAAGCUAACUCAACUUCUGCGUGAAGAACUUGGAGGAAGUUGUCGUACCUGUGUAUUAUCAUGUUUAAAACCUCACACUGACCCAGAUAUUUUGACCACAGUGGUGAGGACAUCAGCACAGCUGGCACAAGUCAGAAACUUCCCUGUCCUCAAUGACUACACUACACAGCACCUGAUCACCCAAUACCGUGCAAGGAUAAUAAAUCUCCAGCAACACCUUGGCUUCAGUGCAGCCAUGGCUAACCCAUCACAGGUGACAGACAUCAAAGAUGAAUUACGGAGGUUGCAGACAGAGAAUCUCCAACUUCGAGAUAAAAAUGAACGCCUCCAUCUGAAGAUGGAACAAAUACAAGGAAGAUUUGGGACUCUAGCAGAUACCAAGACUGACUUAUCUGCACAGCUUCUUAUGACAGAGGAAGAAAAACUCAAAGUGUCUAAAACCUUAGUUGAAAUGCAGAUAGAGAACAACAAGCUGAGGGAAGAGGCAGAAGCUGCAAAGUUUGAGCUUACUAAUAAGAUUCUCACUCUUGAGCAUGACUUAAUGGAGUUAGAAAUGGAGCGAGAUAGGCAAGCCAAGGCAGCAAGAAAUGCACAGGACAAGCUUGCAGAACUAGAAAAAGACAGGAAAGAAUUGGCAGAUGAAUAUGUGGCUCUCAAAACCAACUAUCUCACCUUGAGUAAGGAGCACGAAAAAGAGGCUGCAAGGAAUGAAGAACUGAGCAUGGAGCUGCUGAAUUUAGUGAAUACCAAAGCUGCACUGAUAAGGCAAAUGCAACAGUCACAUCUGGCAGAUGACAAUGAUCCAAACAUGGAAGUGGACAGGAUCCGAAAUGUUGUUAGCAGACUGUCAAAUAGACGUAUGAAGCCAGAAGAACUGUUGGCAGGUGAAGAAGAUAGAUUGGUUGUGGAAAGAAAUUUAUUUGGCAAACAGAAGAUGUACCAAAAUCAACUGGAUAAGAUGAAAAGUCAGUAUGAAGAGGAGCAUGGAAAAAUGGAAGGGCAGUUCACAUCAUUAAAGAGAGAACUGCAAGAUGCAAGAAAUGAAGUCAGAGAGAAACAGAUGAAGAUAUCAGAGCUGAAUGCACAAUUAAUUACAUUAAAAAGUCUGAAGGACCAAAUGGAGUCAGACAACAACAGACUGCAACACAAGAUGAAGGAUCAGAAUGCAGAGUACAGGGCCCGCCUUGUGAAAUAUGUGGAAGACAUUGCAGAAUAUGUGGACCAGGGAAGUGGAGUUCCAGACCAGAGAAAGACAGAGGAACAGAUGCAGCAGUUUGUGAACAAUAUGCUCAAAGAUAUCAAGAAGGGAUUCAAGGCUAGGGAGGAGCAGUUAAGCCAGGCAGCCAAGGCAUCCAGGAGACAGACUGACCAUGUGGUUCACAAGUAUGAACAGGUGCUCAUUGCAUACAGGCAAUUGCGACAGCAGGUGCAGUCCCGUGGAAUUGCUGAUCUUGACCUUGGUCCAGAUGAGACUAACUUAAGAAUGACUGAUGCAGAAAUUCACUCAGCCAAUCAGAAGGAGAUUUUCAGAUUGAAAGAGGAACUCAGCACAUUACAGCAUAAACUGGAAAUGUACAAAGUUGGAGUCCCUGUAAAGGGAGACUCCAAGAAAAAUAUAAGUUUUGCUGACACUAAUGACAAGGAACAUUGGGCUUCACUGAGGAAACAGCUGAGAGACUUCACUAUGAAUACCCAGCAGGAACUUGAAGGAGAAAGAGCUCAACUUCUCAGUAAGAACCAUGCUCUGGAAGAACAGCUGAAAGAAUGUCAGGAUUAUAUUGACAAACACCUGGUUAGGUACAAGCAAGAAAUAGUGCGAUUACGAAAGCUGUUAGGUGUAAAAGAAGAUGGAAAUAUUGCCAAUUCCAGCCCACUUGCAUUUUACAAAAAGUGAAAACAGACUUCAAUGCAAUUCGUAGAACAUACGGAAGGCUCUAAACAGUGCUGCAAAAAACUAGGGGUUUGCAACUAGAUGCACAAACUAGUUCAGUUUUAUAGUUAAUGCCAAAAUGCAUCAUGUGCACACACCAGUUCAGUAAAGCUUUUUUUUAACCAAAUCAGGUCAUAUUGACACUUCUAAAUGGGUUGUUGGAAUCAAAAUUAAACCAAAGUUGUAUGCACGAAAUGCCAUUAUUUUCAUUGUUCAAUAUGUAAUAAUGUAGAUUUCUUCCAUAGUAUCAGAGGCGAGAUGAAUAAUGUAAUGAUGUCCUAAAGCAUUGACACAGGAUGAGUGCCAUAUCAUGUUUUAGAAGCUUUGCACAUCUAGAAUCUCAGUAGAGCAGGCAUCUGAGAAUUGU